GUCCUGGCCUGGCCGUGCGUCUUGCACGGGCACCAUAAUGCCUCGCAUGGCCGUGCGGGUAUUCCCCCUUGGCCGUGCGAGCUCUCGGUAAGGAUGGCACGGCCAUAUGUGCCAGGUGCACGGUCGUGCGCUUCUCCUCGGCCAGGCCGUGUCGGCUGCACGGGCAAAAACCAGCCUUGCACGGCCGUGCGCCCAUGCCCGUGCAGCCUAGGCACGGCCUAUUUAUAUGGCCUGCACGGCCAUUGUGGUCAGAAAACCAAAACCACUCGCCGGAAUCCUCUGCCCUCGCCAGAAAACCGCGCAAAACCCACCUUUUUUCGAUUUUUUCGGCCACUUUGGGUAAUUUUUUCACCAAACCAACUACAAACCCACUCUUUCUACACCCAAAGCGGCCUAUCCCUCGAUUUUGAGCGAAUUUGGGCGACGUUUUUGUCGCCGGAGGCGAUUACCGGCGAGACUCCGGCGAGACUCCGACGAGCAUUUUCGGCCAGUUUUUCGGCGUUUCGUCACUUCCAUUGUCUUCCCCUCAUCAUUCCCUACACCUCUACUUGAGUCUCCAGGGCAAUGGCGAAACCUAAUUUCCAGCACCCGUUCAUCCGGGAUCUGAGGAGGGGACCCACCGCAGAGCACUUCAAGGAGGUCGCGGAAACCCCGUUUGGGUCACACCAUUGCUGGUCCAAACGGGAGUUUCGGCGAUUGCACUGCUACGAGCAGCUCUCCGCCGCGGUCGCCAACACCGCCUGGCGCCGUCUGCUCCAGCUCUGCGAGAAGGUCUACUACGAGCCGGUGUGGGAGUUCUACACGACCUUCAAGCACAAUACCACGGACAACUGGCAGGACGGUACGGCCGUCCAAUUCAGGCUGGGCGGGGUCCCCCGGUCCUUGAGCUACCACGAGCUGGCCGAGGCUCUCGACCUCGACCUCGACGACCGUGAGGACUACGUCACCGAGGUGAAUGAGCCACCGGAGGUGGACUUCGGGAGGCUGUACACCAGCCUGGCUCGGCCAGGCCAGACGCGUCCCUUCCGGUCCGGGAGGACGAAGGCCUCUACCCUGCAGAUCGACAACCGACUUCUCCACCACCUGCUGGCGAAGUCUUACACUCCUGCAGCUGACAGCGCCGGCGCCAUCACGAAGAGGUCCCUGUACUUCCUCCAUUCGAUCCGCCAGCGCCGCCAUCCUCUCCACCUGGGUUCAGUGGUGGCCAAGACCUUCGAGAAGACGGCCACAGAGCUGAAGAGCCUCCACUGCGCCCCCCUCAUCACCCGCCUGGCCACCUUCUUUGGCCUUUCACUGCAGGGGUGCACCGAGGAGGGGGACACCCUCAUCUUUGGCCGCACGACGAUCAGGAAGAUGCUGCUGUUGCGGGAGAGGAACGGUGUUCAAUGGGUCGAUGGGUUUCAGGAGCCUCCGAUCCCCGCGGAGCCCGUACCAGAGGAGGAGGAGGCUGCCGAUGAGGUGGAUCCUGAGGAGGUGGAUGCUGCUGCUGAUGCUGAUGAUAAUCCCCCACAGACUGACUUCCAUUUCGGGGGUAGCAGCUCCGCUUUCCAGGGCCAGGAUUACUUCGCCCAGCAGUUCGAGCAGCUGAGGAUCCAGAACCAGCUGCUCCUCGAUCACCAGAUGCAGUUCCAUCAGCAGUAUGCGGCCGACCAGGCCGAGUACCGGACCAGGAUGGAUGCUUAUGCCGAGCGGCUGAACACGAUCUCGACUCAGCAGGGCGUGACUCUUGCCCACAUCGAGCGGGAGAAGCGCCGUUCCCGGCGCAUGCAGGAGGUCCAGCAGCACUUGCUCCAGCUGCUCCCGGGCGAGCCACCUGUCUGGAGGACUCCCUGGGAUGACUCCCCUCCACAUGACGGUGCUACUGGCGCUGCGGAUGAUGACGCAUUCAUGAACGACAUCGACCUCGACGAUCUUGGCGACGAGUAGGCUGUACUCGUUGCCCGUCUCAGUGUGUUUUCUUUUUCGUUUUAGACUUUUGUGUGUUUGCUCCAUGUGUGCGGAGCUUGCACUUAGUGUCGUUUGUUUUUGUUUUUGGUUUUUCCUUUGUGGUUUGAUGUAGCCGUCUGGGCUAACACUUAUCCCUAACGCACAGUGUGCUAGUGUGUUUCUGAUGUUCGAUUUGUGCAGCAUUGUCCACUCUCCCGUUCGUUUCUCGCUGACUGGUCCACUUCCAGUCCCCCAGCAGUGUUCCUACCCGGUAACAUCGUUCCCCUUAUCUUUCCCUCUGCUCCAUUGAGGGCAAUGUCGUUCUUAAGUGUGGGGGGAUGCUUUGUAUCGGUUGGAAUAUUUAUGAUGGUGCUUGGAGCCUAGUCCGCUGUCCGAAUCUUACGAUUUGAGGGCUCCAAGUACUGCUGUUUGAUCAUAUUGGCACUGUGUUUUGAUGGAUGAAUUGAUUGGUUUUCGGAUUAAUGCAUGACAACUUGUUUGCGACUAGGACAACCUAUGAUGAGGACUGAGAUGUGCAGUAGAACGAUGUAGGGGUUCAGUUUUUCAACUGUUUGCUUGCCAACUGUGACUUGAUCUGACUUGAUCUGAUUACUUGUUCUUAACAGUCGUUUAUGCAUCUAGUUCAGGGUAGCAGAAUAUGAGAUAGAGCAUAUAGGUAGCCAUGUGAGAUUUGAGCCUGCUCGUUUCUUUCUUGUGCGAUAGAUCCCUCUUCCAUGAUGUGUAGCAUUCACGUUGUCACUAGCUGAGAUGAUGGGGGCAUAGGAUUAGCCCACGCCCAAAACUGACUGUCCUGAUGUGUCAUAUCCCCUAGUCAGCCCCUUUGAGCCGUGUGUUAUCCUUUCUUUUGGUCUAUAAUGAAAAGAAAUCACCCUUGUUGCAUCUUUUAGAAGGUUCCACAGAGUGGUUUUUAUAUAUUCUCUGCUGUUUCUGCUAAAGUCUAUGUGAGUGUUGGAGGUAGUGCUUAAAAGUUGGGCGGAUGUUUGAAAUAUGUGCAGGAGUGGUGGCUCUCUUAAGAAAUGAAAAGAAAAAUG